CGACCGGCGUCCGUAGUGUUAGUCGUCAUUUGAGUUCUUAUUUCGCUUUUCUGUAUCAAACCUGUGAUAUUAUAUUUUUAUUCAUUAGUUAGUCUUAUUUUUUAUUAAAUAACUUUAGUGCUUUCUAGUAUGUGAAAUAUAAAAACGUUUAAAAUUUGAUGCUUGUUUGUGAUUACAGUAAUUACAUCAAAUGUUUGUAUUUUAAUAGCUACUUACCAGGCCACACUGUGAUAUUCUUGGGAAUGUAAAAUCAUGCGGUGCUAUUUUUUAUUAUGCAAUCAGACAAUUGACUGAAUGAGAUACGUUUUAUAUAAUAAUAAUAAUUAAGUUGACAAUAAAUCAUUUGUACUAUUUGAACCAAAUAACACUAUAAUUAUUUAUGUGACGAGAUAAAAAGUGCUUUUGUGUGCAUGUAGUCAGACUUUCCUGUUAUCGUGUUUACAUAGUGAUCAUAAUAUUGGAUUUAAUCAAUUGACAAACAAUGGAUUCUAAGGUGGUUUUAAAGGAAAAAAAUCCCCACGACAAAGCCAACAUCAUUUCAAAAAUCUUUUUAAUAUGGAGUUUUAAUUUAUUUCGAAGAGGAUAUAAACAUGGUCUCACCGUGGGGGACCUGUGGCAAGCGCGAGAUGGUGAUCUGUCUGGCCGAGUGUCCGAUCGCCUGGAGGAGGCUUGGCAACAAGAACUUUCUAAAGCCAAAGUUGAGAAGAACUACAAGCCGUCAUUAUCCAGAGCUAUCAUACGCGUUUUUUGGCUAGAAUAUAUGAUUUGUGGAUUUUUUACAGGGAUCCUUUUUAUUAUACUCUGGCCUCUUAUUCCAUAUACCUUGGGUUUAUUUAUUGACUAUUUUUCGAAACCAAGGACGGCAGAAAAUUACAGAAAUGCUCAUAUUUAUAAUUUUUUUAUGAAUUUCCUGAGUGUAUCGACAUCUCUGCUAUUGAAUCACCUACAGCUUGCCCAGAGUUGCAUAGGUAUGAGAGUAAGGAUAGCUAGUUGUUCGCUGUUAUAUCGAAAGAUAUUGAAACUCAAUCGGGCUGGAAUGAGUAAAACUGAGCCAGGCCAUGUUAUAAAUUUAAUGUCCAACGAUGUGAAUCGGUUUGACAUGGUAUCAAUGUUCCUGAAUUACCUGUGGGUGAUGCCUAUUGUAGCGCCCGUCGUCGCGUACCUGGUGUGGCAGCACGUCGCUUGGGCCACGCUUGCAGCGCUUGCUGUUAUAUUACUCCAAACAGUACUCGUUCAAGCUUACUUGAGUAAUCUUCAGGGAGUGUUACGUGGAAAAAUAGCAAAACGUACAGAUGAAAGGGUAAAAGUGAUGAGCGAGUUAGUAAAUGGAGUGCAAGUAAUCAAAAUGUACGCUUGGGAAAUGCCUUUCCAAAAGCUAGUCGACAAACUGCGUAAGCUCGAGGUAAAUUUCAUCAUGCGCACAUCGAUGAUCAAGGGAUUCUCAACUGCACUGACUGUAUUCACGGAACGGUUUAUUCUAUAUGCGACCGUGGUGACCUUCGUGCUCAUUGGUGGACACAUACACUCCGGCAUUACCUUCUCUUUGGUGCAGUACUUCAACUUACUGCAGCUCGCAUGUAACAUCUUCUUCCCGUUGGCCCUGGCCUUCCUUGCAGAAACUAAAGUAUCCAUACGACGAAUUGAGGAAUUCUUAUUCUUAGACGAAAUCGAUACUCCAAAAGCAAUAGAAGCUAACAGUGAAGUAAAAAAUUUAGAAGUUACUAGCAAUGGGACAGAGAAAGAUAAAAAGUUAGAGAAGGAGAACCAGAAGGAUAGGACUAGUCUUUCUGGCCUAAUACUGUCUGGAGUAACGGCGAGUUGGCAAGAUGACACGAUUGUAAGCACGUUGAGAAACAUUACAAUGUCAGCAGCACCUGGUGAAUUUGUUGGUGUCGCGGGACUUGUGGGAUCCGGCAAGUCGUCACUACUACAACUGAUCCUGGGCGAGUUAGUACCCUCGAAGGGUACUCUGUCGAUCGGCGGUGCGCGAAUUUCAUAUGCAAGCCAGGAACCCUGGCUAUUCGUUGCUACUGUGCGCCAGAAUAUACUUUUUGGUCUACCAUACGAUUCAGCCAGGUACAAGAAGGUAGUGACUGCGUGCGCGCUCCUACGAGACUUUGAACAACUCCCUUCUGGUGACGGAACGCUGGUAGGUGAGCGCGGUGCCAGCCUCAGUGGUGGUCAGCGGGCUCGCAUUGGACUCGCUAGAGCCUGCUACCGGCAGGCAGAUAUCUACCUUCUGGAUGAUCCGUUAUCGGCAGUUGACACGCACGUGGGCAAACAUCUGAUAUCUGAAUGCGUAACGGGUUUUUUAAGGCACUCGACACGCAUUCUGGUUACCCACCAACUGCACCACCUCAAAACAGCUGACAAAGUUGUAAUACUACAUAAUGGUGAAAUAGAAACUCAAGGAAGCUUCGAGGAGGUGUCACGAUCACCGUUGUUCGCGGAACUAUUACAGGAAGAAGAGCAUCCUGAGGAUACAACGGCCCAGAAGAUACAAAGGCAGCGGACCAUGUCUAUCAACUCUCACAUGAGUACGAGCACUAUUCACGAUCCACAAGUGCAGGAGGAAGAUAUCGCGCAGGAAGACGAGGAGAUGAUGGAGAAAGGUCGUGUAUCAGCGUCUGUGUACACUAAAUACUUCCGUGCCGGCGCCAGCUGGUGUCUGUUGUUCCUCACAUUAAUCGCUAUAAUACUUGCGCAAGUCGUCACUUCAGCUGGUGAUCUUUGGCUUACACACUGGAUGAAUGAUAUAGAAAUAAUGCACUCGCCUAAACCAAGAAACGAUGUUCUAAAUAAUACUACAAAUGAUACAAAUAAUAUUACCAAUUUGACGUUAAGUACCACGGACUCCACACCAGUAGAUGCUAUCUCUACUGAUGUAUAUACUCAGUUAACAAAUGUUACUAAUCCCCGUAACGAAAGUGUCUCGAAUUUCUCUCAAGACGCUGAUAAUUACGACUUUUAUAUUUAUAUUUGGACCCUCGGAAUAAUUGGCUGUAUAAUACUCACUACGGGCAGGUCAAUAUUAUUCUUGUGGGUGUGUAUGCGUAGUUCAAUAAAACUACAUAAUCAAAUGUUCGGCAAUAUUAUGGCAGCGACCAUGCGCUUCUUCGAUACCAAUCCUUCAGGUCGCAUCCUCAACCGGUUCUCAAAGGAUAUGGGGAUCAUGGACGAGAUCUUACCUCGGAUGUAUUUAGACAGUAUUCAAGUAUUCAUGGUAAUGUUAGGUAUUAUAGUGAUGGUGGCUAUAGUGAAUCCAUACAUGUUGUUAACGACGUUAGUCUGUGCCAUUCUUAUGUAUAUAUGGACUUCCAUCUAUCUCAACACUGCGCAAGCUAUUAAAAGGGUAGAAGGCGUUUCUCGUAGCCCUGUGUUCUCCCACGUGUCGGCGAGCAUGUCCGGUCUGACAACAGUCCGUGCGUGCGGCGCUCAGGAGAUGCUGCGGCGACAGUUCGACGACAAGCAGGACGUGCACACAGCCGCCUGGUAUUUGACCCUCGUUACAAAUACAGCUUUUGCAAUCUGGCUGAGUUUAAUAUCAGCAUUCUACGUUAUAGUUGCUUCGUAUACAUUCUUAUUUUUGGAUAACGGUUCUACGAAGUCAGGCAAUGUGGGCUUAGCUCUCAGUCAAGGCCUGAUUCUCGUAAACAUGGUGCAGUAUGGUAUCAAGCAAGCGACGGAAGUAAUAUCACAAAUGACGAGUGUGGAACGCGUGGUGCAAUUCACGUCGCUGCCGCAGGAGCGGACCGCCGGGCCCAUGCCGCCCGCUGGCUGGCCGCAACGCGCCAGACUCGUCUUCAAGGAUCUUUACCUUCGCUACGAUAAGGACUCUGAUCCAGUACUCAAAAACUUGAACAUAGUUAUCGAAAGCGGUUGGAAGGUAGGCGUAGUGGGUCGCACGGGUGCCGGCAAGUCGUCCUUGAUAUCGGCUCUGUUCCGUCUCGCGCCCAUCGACGGACACGUCUAUAUCGAUAACAUCGACACCGGGGACAUCGCACUUAAGGAGCUUAGAUCUAAAAUUUCAAUCAUCCCCCAAGAGCCUGUGUUAUUUUCGGCUUCUCUCCGCUACAAUUUGGACCCAUUCGAUAAAUAUACAGACGCUGAGAUAUGGACGGCAUUAGAACAGGUGGAGCUGAAGAAAAGUGUGACGUCCCUGACGUCAACGGUAGAGUCAGGCGGUGCGAACUUCAGCGCGGGCCAGCGACAGCUGCUGUGCCUGGCGCGCGCCGCGCUCGCGCGCAACAAGCUGCUCGUGCUCGACGAGGCCACCGCCAACGUUGACCCCAACACUGACGCAUUAAUACAAAAAUCCAUACGGAAACAUUUCGCCGAUUGCACUGUGGUAACUGUCGCACAUCGGCUCCAUACUGUAGCAGAUUCUGACAGGGUCGUUGUAAUGGAGGCCGGUCAGAUAGUAGAAUGCGGGCACCCACACGAAUUGCUGCAAAACCCAGAUGGUCACUUCAGCAGCAUGGUGAAACAGCUAGGAACCGCCUCGGAACAGAACCUACGCGAAUUGGCGAGCACCGCGUACGCUCAACACAUCAAAUACGUCGAUGCUGAUGAACAAGUAAUCGUCAAAAACAAAAAUGCCUAAUCAUUAAUUUUCUAUUUAUAGUAUUCUGAUCGCUGACAUCUAGAUAGAGUGUCUCUAGAGAUUUUGUGAAAAGUGAUUAAUUUUUUUUAAUUAAUAGUACAUUUAAAUAUAAUAUAAAAUUGUGUUAAUAUUAAUGAUGACUUAUACAAAUCGUCAUUUUAUUUAUUUGUAUUCAUUAUAUUAUCAAUAUUAUACUUUCAGAUUUUUAUACAGUAUAAAAAAAGGUGUCGGUCAACAAGUCGGCUGAUUAUGUUUUGGGAUGUUUCUUGACACUCGACACUCCACCUAGAUGUAUAUGAUCUAAAUCAAUUUUAAUAAUUUUAUCGAAAUUUAUGAGAUUAUUAAAAAAAUAUGCACAGCUACUUACAUAACCAGUGUUAAAAUAAUAUAGAUACUUAAUUUAUCAGUCCAAUAUGUCACAAAUAUUAAAUUUAAAGUCUAUACUAUGUACUUAGAACUAACAGUUACAUUUUUACUUAAUGUUGUACAAUCGAGACUAGUACUUAUUACUACUGUACCUAUACUACAGAUAUGUAUGAUGUACUUACAUAUUUAAAAAACAAAAUAAGCAAAUGUUUCUAUCGACUUUAUUAUAGGUUACCUUUAUAAAAUUUACGUAUUUACUGCCGUGUUGGUCUUAUAUAAAUGUUUUUUAUUUAUUUUUUUGCGGAAAAAAAAUUAAAUUAAGUACUUAUAUAACUUUAUAAUAUUAAUGUGGCCUUUUUAAUGUGAUAAUUAAAUAUAAUAAACCAACAAAAAAAAAAGAUUUACGUUGACCUAUACAGGUCAUUUUAUAUUUUAUAUAAGUACUUACUUGCUUUAUAUACCAGACUAUGAAGUAACACUAUUACUUAAAUGUGCCUAUUGUGGUAACUGGAAACAACAAAGUGACUUAGUUAUAUAAUUUAAUAGACUAAAAUGAAGCCAAAGUACUUUUUCUAGUGCCUAAAUAUUUUUGUAGUUUAUGGUCUGCCCAGACGACAAUUAAUCUUUGGCGUACAUUUUUAUUCAUCACAAUAGAAUACAGAAAAAUAUGCUAUAUACUGUGCACGGUCGUUUUAAUAAAGGUUUUUUCUACGAACUAAAUGCCUACUUUACGAAGAUCGAAUUACGAGAAAAGCGUCAGAAAAUAUCGAUAGAAUGUUUGCAGGGUAAAGGUGUUAUAACUAUCUAAUUAAUAUAAAAAUUCCUCCUGCAAACCAUCGUGGCUAAUUCAUGUUCUAUUCGUCACUGGGUUAACUGACCUGCUUUUACUAUACCUUUCAUCUCACUGGUUUCCUGUCAGCGUAUGUCAAUAACGCAGGCGGAGUUACCAUUCCAUCUUCACUUACAAUUUUGGCAGAAUAGAUAUAGUUAGCGGUGCAGGUUGCGGUAUGGGUAAGGUGUAAGGAUCUAUUUUAAAUGGGUUUAUUCAUACUGAAAAUGCAGUGGUAAUUAUUGGUUUAUAUUAACGACGUAUCAGUGAGGCGUGAUAGCUAACAGAUCUCUAAUAGUAAAGUUAUAGACAGUGGUAACAGGUUCAAUUUGUUUCUUUAACCAUUGCAAACCAAAAUGAAUUUUAAUUGCCAUAAACUGUCCAUGUCACAAAUUAUUAACAAUUAAUACUGUACUUAUUUUUCUUAGAAUUAUAUUAUUAUUAUCAUAAAAAAUAAUACAUUGAUUCCUGAAAUACUUAUGAAAUUACUAUAUCUACCUUAUAGAGCAUCGGAUUUUUAUAGAACUAUAAGUAAACAGUUUUGCCUAAUGCAUUAUUGUGUUUCGGUUUAAAGGAAAGAAAGAAGAGUAAACUACUCAAUAUACGUUGUUAUUAUGAUAUCUAUGGUUUCAUUUUAUCGAUGGACAAUGGUUACCAAAUAUUGAUUAUAUUAAAAGUUCAAGACCUGCGCAGAUGAUGGACAUUUUAUAUAAUUUGCACAACACGUGUUUAGUUUGUUUGCAGCAUGCUUCUUCAGAGUUUUGUUUAAAAUAGGACUAAAAUUUACCCUGUAGACGAUCUGUCGUCAUACUUGAAAACAUAGAAACACAAGGCAAACAUGAAUAUAAAUUUUGUCCAUAGACAAAAUGUCUCUCGUCUGCGCAGGUUAUCAAGCUAAGGUAUUUUAGAAUCCCAGUACUUUGUAUAAAAUAAACUAAGUAACUCAAUUUACCACAAUUUAUCUUAAGUGUUAAAUAGUUGAAUGUAAACUUCUGUGUUGUUGAAUGGUUAUAUACAAAUUAUGUUUAUUAAUUAAAAAUAAAUUAAAAUGAAAUGUACAUAGGAUUAAUAUUAAAAUUAAUCCUAUGUACAUGUUGUGUCAAGUUGCACUAAUUUAAACUCGUUAUUUGUUAGGUUAUAAGAAUUAAGUGCCUAGAUAAAAUUGAUUCAUCGUAUUUACCUAUUGUACUUAUUAAUUUACAGAUAUAAUAAUUUUAGUUAAAUAAUUUAAAUAUCUAUUAUUAUUUAUGUUACUAAUGUUACUGUUAUUUCUGUACUGUUAUAAUUUACUUAAAAAUUGAAAAACAGUGAUCGAAAUAGCUAUAUAACAAAAAUAGUUAAUGUAAAAUAUUGAUGAACCAACUAAAUUACUCUGGAUAUAAUAUGGAGCUAUAUAUGUAAAUCUUUAGUAAUAAUCCUAAAAUAUUCAUUGUUCCUGAUAUUGCAUUAGGUAAAUUUGCAGGCAUUCGAAAUUACUCUCAAACAUAUUUUUUGGAAUAUUUUUAUAGAAUAUAAAAUGUAUUUGUCUAUUGUAUGUAAUAAAACCUAAUUAUGUAAAAAAGGGAUUGGAUAAUCUUCUAGUUUUGUAAAGAAAGUUUAUGCAGCGGUUCUACCGCAUUAUGCAAAUACAUAGAUAUAUGUGUGAUAGAUAAAAUUAUUUAGCAUUUAUUUGUUUCCUCGAAUUUAUCAAUGUAGGUAACAUUGAACAACCAAAAAUAGCAAGAAAUUUACUCUUUUUUUAUUUAAAAAAAUGUUUAAACUCCAAUUUAUUGAAAUAGGUUUUUAGACUUGAUAUCAUACAAAGCAAAUGCAGGAGUUUUUUUAUUCAUAUUAGUUUUUAAUAUUCUUAUUUAUUAAAAUGAAGAAAUUAUGAAUAUACGUAUAUUAUAAUAUUAUAAUAUGGUAAGUAACUUUAUUUAAUAAAAGAUAAAAAUAGAUGCUUAUCAUUUUCUAGAAUAAAUUUUGAUACUCAUUAAUGUGAAAUAAAUAUAGACAUGUGAUUCUAAAAAAAAUUCUGAACAUAGUGGGUGUGAAUUAUAUAAUAAACCUCGCUACAAGUUUUAAAUUUAUAGUUAUAAUACCUACAAAAUAACUGUUCAGCAUUUUCUUAUAUGCAUUCCAUGUUUAGAAUGGUCUAAGACCGUAAUAAUUGUUGCCUUACCUGAUAGAAUUGUUGAAUGUAUUCAUUAUUCGUGUUUUCUAUAUAUUAAAUAUAUGUAUUUUUUAUUA